AUGGGCCAGUCAAGCAGCAAGGACUCAACCGGUCAAAGACCUGUCGUUCUUGACCUUAGUGGUCCCUUGACAGCUGAAGAAAAGAAGGCAAUCAAAUUAUGUUGGUCCAAGAUAUCUGAAAACUACGCUUCCAAUGGCGUAGGUCUGUUCCUGGAAUUCUUCAAGAAAUACCCGGAGUGCAAGGAGGUAUUUCACGAUUUUGCAGCGAUGAGUCUCGAAAAGUUAACUACCAGCCCACGACUGUCCGCUCAUGCUCUGGCCGUCUUCUACUUUUUACAAGCAGUUAUUGACAAUAUAGACGAUGAAGUUCUGGUAGAGGCCCUGAUACGCAAGAAUGGCUUGAGCCACUCUCGUCGCAAAGGGGUAACUACACAACAAUUCGUUUAUCUCACGAACGUCAUGAAGGACUAUUUCCACCAGCUGGUCGGCGAUAAGUUGAUGACGCCAGUGGCCAUGUGUGGCUGGGAAAAAUUGCUCAACACAGUUCUGUCAUGCAACGAGAAGGCCUUUGAGGAAGCGAGGCGAAAGAAAUGA